UUUAACGUUUAUUUUAUUUAACCAAAACACGUAAUACGUUACGUUGCUACUUUGGAAUAUCACACAAGAGAGGUAACCUAGGUAGAGAGGUAGAGCAGGUAAGCUAAAUACCUUGAUAAAACACCCGAGCUAACAUGGAGCAACGGUGCAUGACAGGACAUGGAUUACAUGCACACACUAACCUUAUUACAGCAACACUUAAGGUACUGCAGAGAGCCCACAAUGGCAAGUGAUGUGUGCAGCCAUGUAAAGGUGGUUGUUCGGGUGAGACCAGCCAAUGACACAGAGAAGCGUGAAAACUGUCGGAAUGUCAUCCAGGUUGUUGACAGCCACAUGCUCAUAUUUGACCCUAAAGAAGAGGACACACCGUGUUUUGGGUCACAAAGAGUACAAAACAGAAACAUCAACAAGAGAGCUAACAAAGACCUUAAGUUUGUUUUUGACCAUGUCUUCAAUGAGAACUCUACUCAAGUUGAAGUCUUUGAGAACACUACUAAAGGAGUGUUGGAUGGUGUGAUGAAUGGAUUUAACUGCGCAGUGUUUGCCUAUGGUGCUACUGGAGCAGGCAAGACACAUACUAUGUUAGGCUCAGAAAAUGACCCUGGGGUCAUGUAUCACACCAUGAAAGAGCUGUUCAAACGCAUGGAUGCUGCAAAGGAGGAGAAAGAAUUUACUGUUGCUUUCUCAUAUCUUGAGGUUUACAAUGAACAGAUCAGAGACUUGUUGGCUAAUGCAGGCCCUCUUGCAGUGAGAGAGGACAGUUCUAAAGGAGUUGUUGUUCAGGGCCUUACACUCCAUCAGCCCAAAUCUGCACAACACAUUCUUGAGGCUUUGGAUUCUGGCAAUCGAAACAGGACACAGCACCCUACUGAUAUGAAUGCCACCUCUUCCCGGUCCCAUGCUGUAUUUCAGGUAUAUUUGAGACAACAGGACAAAACUGCCAGCCUCAAUCCUAAUGUCUGCGUUGCCAAAAUGAGUCUGAUUGACUUGGCGGGUUCAGAGAGAGCUAGUGCCACCAAAGCCAAAGGUGCACGUUUUCGGGAAGGUGCUAACAUCAAUCGCUCGCUCCUUGCCUUAGGAAAUGUUAUCAAUGCUCUUGCUGACCCAAAGAGUAAGAAAGCUCACAUACCAUACAGGGACAGCAAGCUGACACGGCUACUUAAAGACUCCCUGGGAGGCAACUGCAGGACUGUUAUGAUUGCCAGUGUUAGCCCCUCAUCCAAGUCAUAUGAUGACACUCACAACACACUUAAAUAUGCAAACAGGGCCAAGGAGAUUAAGUCCUCGCUGAAGAGUAAUGUCGUAAGCCUGGACAGUCAUAUUGGUCAGUAUGCAGUAAUAUGUGAAAAGCAACGGCAAGAGAUUGUACAAUUGAAGCAGAAACUAAAAGAAUAUGAGGAGAAGAACAUGGUGCCAGUCUCUUCCCUGAAACAAGCAGAGUUCAAAAGGGUGUCUGAAUCUCUGCAGCAAAUUUUCCUGAACCGGGCCCAAAUCAGGAGAGAACAGCUGGAUCUGGAGAGACAACUGAAGGAGAAUGAGCUGCGCCAGCGCUACAGUGAGGAGGACAACCUGCAAGUCCAAUGUUUCUGUGCCAAAGAAAAGACUGAGAAGGCCACUUGUAAGCAUGAGCGGAAGGUUGCCAGCUUACGCACUCAGCAGCAGCACAUUUGCAAACGUCUGCAAGAGGCAGAGACUCGAUUCCUGGACAAUGAUGGCUUGCUUCAUCGUAUCGAAAAUGAGAUUAAGUUGCUGAAGUCCAAUGGUCAGACCUCAGAAGUGUUAGAGAAGGACCUACAUUGCCACAGACUGGAGCUAGAGGUAAAGGAUCUCAAACAACACAUCAAACAGAUGGUCCAGCUCACUGCACUGCAGGAUCAGGAGAACAAGCGUAUUCAGAAAAUGGUGAACAUCUUGUUGCCAGCUUAUAGUCGGCACUACUCUGCACUGCAUGCUGUCGGGCUGGUCACAGUGACGGAUGAGAGGGAGAACCAUGAGAUAGAGCACCUUUUGCUGAGGGAGAGAGGUGUGGUCUGGGCAGACCAGAAAGGGGUAGGGCAGCAGCUGAAAGGUGAAGGGACUGGAGUGGAAUCAUGGGAGAGAAAUGAGGCGGGAAACAGUGGGCUUGGCAGCGAGUUGGCACCUGUCUUGUCUUUCUCACAAUUGCUAUACCACCAGAGUAGCCCCUGCAGUGCAGAGGGGCGCGCAACCAGAACAUCACUGUGCAAAGCUGCUCCUUCACCAAAAGGUAGAGAAAAUCAGACAGAUAUGAAACCAGAACCACGUCCCAGAAUGCCCAUCAGGAGAAAUUUGUCUGCGUCACUGCCACCACAAAGCCCUCGGACCGUUGCUAGGGCCCAAGUGUUUGAGGAGGGCAUGUUCCCACUCCAGUGCACUCCAGAACCUGCUCAAAAAAAUGUACUGUCCCUGCCUCUGAGCUCUUCCAGUGCCAUGGAUCCCAACAUGACCUUUGAAGUUCUGGAUAAUGAUGAUGAUGAUCGAGCUGCAAGUAAUGCGCCAACUGUAAUAAUCAGCAGUAAAGCAUCAAAGUCCACUGACUUCUCAGGUCCUUGCCAACUACUCCGUCCCCCAAAGGCCAACGAGGGGAACCAGAUUGCUAACAAAAGGCCACCAUUUCCAUCUCUGCAAGAUGUGAAACGAGCCAACCCAACCUACAUGGACAUGACGUCUGCUGCACAAGGAAAGCGUAAAUUUAACCGAAUCAGAGAAGACUUGUCACAGGGUCACUCUGCACCAAAGCGAAUAAAAAAGGACCCCCCGGUAGCUCAGAGACCGCUCAGAGUGCAUCGGUUUACUGGUUCAGAGGAGAACAAGGCUCGGAGAGUUGUGAGGAGCAUUUCUGAAGGAAAUCUCAGCCUCUUUGAACCUCAGAAAUCCAAGUCCAUUUUCUAUAAAACAUCCCAACAGCUCAAACGUGUGACCAAACAUUUGUAAAGCAACAAUGUGUUCAGAUCUGAAUAUUUUUGCCCUCCACCCUUCUAUCUGUGUUGAUCGUUUGUUAUAAAUGUUUUCAUCAAAACUUGUUGGGUUUCCCAAUACCAAUCCUAAUGUAAUUAGAUGGAAUGUAAGGUAGCUUUUCGUUAUUUACAUUGCAGUGGAAUUUUACUUGACUGUAUAGAAACAUUUUAUAGUUACUGGUCAUCUGUUUAGAUUGCUUUUUUUGAUAGUUUAAGGACAGUUUUUAAUCAUUUCUAACCCUUCACUUAGAGUUAAAGUUAUAUUUUAGAAGACACAUUGACAGCAAGAACUAAAACCAGUCAACCCUCUGUUUUAUGUACAUUAUGUGCUAUAGCUGUUAUCUAAAGCAAUGACUGGUCUGGUGGGGUGACCACUCUUCCCAGGGCAGCUAAUGUCACCUCAAAUGGGAGGUAUGGCUGCAAAAAAAUGCAACUUUUCAAUAUUGAUCUGUUUGCAUUUAUAUUUUUAAUGUUGUACAGUUAAUAACAUGGAGGCAUAAAUAUUUCAUAUUAAAACUGUAAUAGUACGUACGUUUUUCAAUAAAUCACUUCCUAACA